AUGUUGGCCUCCCGUCAGCUUUUGGGCGUUGCCCGGAGCCGUGCCGCCGCUGGCCUCGGCCGCCGGUGCAUGGCUACCGCCACCGAGAACCCUCUCGACCGCAAGGUCAAGCAGAACCUUCUUGAGGAGGGUAACUUUAUCAACUACAAGAAGAUGUCCGAGAACCUCGCCAUCGUCCGCAGCCGUCUCAACCGCCCCCUCACCUUGACUGAGAAGAUCCUCUACUCCCAUUUGGACAACCCCCAUGAGCAGGACAUUGAGCGCGGUGUCUCUUACCUCCGCCUCCGCCCCGAUCGCGUUGCCUGCCAGGAUGCCACCGCCCAGAUGGCCAUCCUCCAGUUCAUGUCCGCUGGCAUGCCCUCCGUUGCCAAUCCCACCACCGUCCACUGCGACCACUUGAUUGAGGCCCAGAUUGGUGGUGAGAAGGAUCUCGAGCGCGCUGUCAACAUCAACAAGGAGGUCUACGACUUCCUUGCCUCCGCCUGCGCCAAGUACAACAUCGGUUUCUGGAAGCCCGGCUCUGGUAUCAUCCACCAGAUCCUCCUCGAGAACUACGCUUUCCCCGGUGGUCUCCUCAUCGGCACUGACUCCCACACCCCCAACGCCGCCGGUCUCGGCCCCAAGGUCAUUGGUGUCAAGCUCACAGGUGCUCUUAACGGCUGGACCACCCCCAAGGACGUCAUCCUCAAGCUCGCUGGUAUCCUCACUGUCAAGGGUGGUACUGGCUCUAUUGUUGAGUACUAUGGCGAGGGUGCUGAGGCUCUUUCUUGCACUGGCAAGGCUACCUGCGGUAACAUGGGUGCCGAGAUUGGUGCCACUACCUCCGUCUUCCCCUACGACAAGGCCAUGUUCGACUACCUCGUCGCCACCAAGCGUUCCGAGAUUGCCGAGUUCGCCAAGGUUUACCAGAAGGAGCUCCGCGCCGAUGAGGGUGCUGAGUACGACCAGCACAUCGAGAUCAACCUGAACGAGCUCGAGCCCCACAUCAACGGUCCCUUCACUCCCGAUCUUGCCACCCCCAUCUCCAAGUUCGCCCAGGCCGCCAAGGACAACAACUGGCCCGAGGAGCUCAAGGUCGGUCUUAUCGGCUCUUGCACCAACUCCUCUUACGAGGAUAUGACCCGCGCUGCUUCCAUCGCCCGCGACGCUCUCAACCACGGCCUCAAGGCCAAGGCUGCUUUCGUCCUCCAGACCUUCGAGGAGUUCGGCGGCACCGUUCUCGCCAACGCUUGCGGCCCCUGCAUCGGUCAGUGGGAUCGUCGUGAUACCCCCAAGGGCACUCCCAACUCGAUUCUCAGCUCCUACAACCGUAACUUUACUGGUCGUAACGAUGGUAACCCCGCCACCCACUCCUUCGUUACCUCCCCCGAUCUCGUUGUUGCCAUGUCCAUUGCCGGCUCCCUCUCCUUCAACCCCUUGACCGAUACCCUCAAGGACAAGGACGGCAAGGAGUUCAAGCUUCAGGCCCCCACUGGCGCUGGUCUCCCCGAGCGCGGCUACGACCCCGGCCAGAACACUUACCAGGCCCCUCCUGCCGACCGCACCACCGUCCAGGUCCAGGACGCCACCGACAUGCCCAUCCUCAUCAAGGCCCAGGGCAAGACCACCACUGAUCACAUCUCCAUGGCCGGUCCCUGGCUCAAGUACCGUGGUCACCUUGACAACAUCUCCAACAACAUGUUGAUCGGUGCCAUCAACGCCGCCAACGGUGAGGCCAACAAGGUCCAGAACUUCACCAACGGUGAGUGGGGUGCCGUCCCCGCCGUUGCCCGUGACUACAAGGCCAAGGGCAUCCGCUGGGUCGUUGUCGGUGACUGGAACUACGGUGAGGGCUCUUCUCGUGAGCACGCCGCUCUCGAGCCCCGUCACCUUGGCGGUCUCGCCAUCAUCACCCGCUCCUUCGCUCGUAUCCACGAGACCAACCUGAAGAAGCAGGGUAUGCUUCCCCUCACCUUCUCUGACCCCGCCGACUACGACAAGCUCAGCCCCGAGGACAAGGUCGACAUCCUCUGCACUGAGCUCGCCGUUGGCAAGCCCAUCACCAUGAAGGUCCACCCCAAGAACGGCAAGGACUUCGAGAUCAAGCUCUCUCACACCUUCAACGAGGCCCAGAUUGAGUGGUUCAAGAACGGCUCUGCCCUCAACACCAUGGCCAAGAACGCCAAGAACUAA